AUUCAAUAUACAUUUCUAUACGUAUAAAUAAAAAAAAAAUCAAAUAUAUUUGCAAGUUAUACAUUUUCGGUUAAUAAUUCUAGGUACAAUAAAUACUCUGCAGAAUAAAAACAUAUAAUUAAAAAAAGAAAAGAAAGAAAGAAAGAAAUACUAGUGGAGCGCACAUAAGAAAAUAUUUUUUCAUGAAAUUAUACCUCCAUUUAAUUCAUCCAUGUAGUUUGUGUAAGCUUUGAUUGCUAUAUUAUUGAUUUCACACUGAUAUUAAGACCCAAUGACGAUACAAAGGGGCGGAGUCAAAGUUUGAUAAGUCUCCAACAGCGCAAACAUACUGGUCUCAAAACACAACGCCGUAACUCGCACACCGUAUUAAAUAUCCAGACGCACCGUUCACUGUUUAUCCAAAGAUGUUUUCAUUGUACUUUAUUACUGUCAAAAUAUCCUACCAAUAUUCCGGAAUGUAGAUUUCAACCUUUAAUUUCCGAGGAAAUGUUUUAAAAAGACAUUGAUGGUUAAAGUGUUUGUUUGUUUUAUAAGACGGUGAAUAUUCCAGUAUCGUUGCAGAAGCUACAGGAUUUAUCUUGAGAACUUAUUGACUAUGCUGAGUUCGUUUGUGGACAGAGGUGACUCCCAGCAUCUUUCGACCCCCGGGGUGGGAUACCCUGAUGGCACAAUGCUUCAGAACCAGCAGUAUAACUACUACAAUACCCAAUCAAGUGGAUACCCAGUGCCGUACUCCAACGUAGGAAACUUAGCAUCCCGAGAUCUGUUGAUAAGGAGAUCUGAAUUCGGACUGUCAGCCAAUGAUGGAAACGUUUCCGCUCGUUCAGGGAUGCUUUUUCCUGCCUCAUCCGGAUUCCCGCCACAACAUCAUCAGGAGGUUUCUCCGCACGUGCUGUAUCAGGGACUCCGUCCGGAUGUGUCGUCAUAUCACAGUCCUCGUCACCAACACGUACAUUCUCAAUCUGGGUACUUUAACAUGCCAACUAGUGGAGGCGAUAUGUAUGCUAGGACUGAACAAAUGGGGUUUAAUGCCACGAGCAGAAUUGAUCAAUAUGAACACGCACAGCAGCAGUUCAUGAAUCCUAUGAACAUGUUACAGAGUGGUCCGGGAUUAUUUCUUCCCUACAUCGGAAGACCUACCAUUAAACAAGAAAGAACGUGUCUUUGGGUAGACCCAGAACAAUCGGAUCCAAAGAAGCCUUGUAACAAAGUGUUUUACACAAUGCAUGAAAUAGUGAAUCACAUUACCAUAGAUCAUGUCGGGGGACCCGAACAGACCAAUCACACAUGUUACUGGCAGGAAUGUGCGCGGGAAUUCAAACCAUUCAAGGCAAAGUAUAAGCUGGUCAAUCACAUUCGAGUCCAUACCGGAGAAAAACCAUUCCCAUGUCCCUUUCCAGGAUGUGGAAAAGUCUUCGCUAGAAGUGAAAACCUCAAGAUCCACAAACGAAUCCACACAGGUGAGAAGCCGUUUAAGUGCGAGUUUGAGGGAUGUGAUCGUCGAUUUGCGAAUAGCUCGGACAGGAAAAAGCAUUCCCAUGUCCACACCAGUGAUAAGCCUUAUAAUUGUCGGGUUCGGGGUUGUGAGAAAAGUUACACUCAUCCUAGUUCACUACGAAAGCAUAUGAAAAUCCAUGGAGAUGUGUCUCCGACAAUUGAACGUCAGGAUUCUGAUGAGGUGUCAAUCUGCAGCGAGAGCACCUCCCGAACCUCCCCGUCCACAGAUCACGCCAUUAAAUCUCCUGCAUUAUCCGAACAACCAGUCGAACGAAAACCUGAUAUAAAUGUCAUUUCCGGCGCACCACACUUAGACCAUAGCAUUCAUCCGCCCGAAGUUCCAAAAAUGAACGAUUGGUUUGUGUGUCACCCUCGUACUACAGUGAAUCCUGGAAGUAAAGACCACACCCAUUUUUCCAGCAUCGCCUCUCUGUCGUCGUUUCAUCCAAUGCCCAUUAUGCAAUAUUCGUGACGUCACAAAGACCUCAGUUAGGAACGUUUUACCCAUUUUUUGUUAAAAUUUCAUAGCUUAAAUAGAUAUUGGUGUAUUUAACAUUAAUGUUUUAUGAACUGAUUUUUUAUGAAAUAAAAAAUAUUACAAAAUUAG